AUGGCUACCAUGAACGACGUGGCUGAAGUAGUGCGUGAAGCUGCUGUAGGAGCGGCUAGGGCUGUUGAAUGUCUCGGAGUGAGAAAUGGGGACGAGAAUGGAUACGGAGAAGAUAAUGGAAACGAUGAGAACAACUUAGGGCAUCCUGAAAGACCUAUGACCCUUGUGACCUUUCUGAAGGUUAAUCCGCCUAAGUUCAAGGGUACACUCAUUGCGACUGACGCUGAUAACUGGUUUCGAGGUAUUGAACGAUCACUGAGAGCGCAGCAUGUUCCGGAAGGACAACACGUGGAGUUGCUACUUAUAUGCUCGAGGGGGAAACUGAGUACUGGUGGCAGGGGAUAUAGCGACUGCUAUAACAUAAUGAAAAUGACAUUCCUUAGGAUAUCUUUAGGGACGAAUUUUAUAAAAAGUAUUUUCCGGGAGCAGCACGAGAUGCUAGGAGAAGGAGCAACACGAGAUGCUAAGGAGAUGGAGCUUAUGCAGCUGAGGCAAGGGGAUAUGACUGUUGCUGAGUAUGCUCGUAAUUUUGAUGAUUUGUGUUGUUUCUCUAAGAUCUGUCAAGGGGAUUCUACUGACCUUGAAGAAUGGAAGUGCUUGAAGUUUGAAGGAGGCCUUUGUGUUGAUCUGAUGAGUUCAAUAGUUUUGCUGGAGAUACGUAAUUUUGCCGAAUCAGUCAACAAGAGCAAGUUGGUGGAAGAAUGUAUUAAGAAAGUGACUGUGGCUAAAGUGAGUCGCCAAGGAUUUCCACCAAGGCGUCUUAGCAAUCAUCAGAUAGCUGGGAGAAGGGUGCAUUUUAAAGCACGUGGCAUACGACAGUGUAAGAACCUACAAGUUGGUAACAUUACUGAUCGCCGUAUGGAGCAUGAUAGUAGGUCUUGCCAGUUUGGAUCACCUAACUGCUAUGCUUGUAGAGAACUUGGACAUAUUGCCAAGGAUUGUCCAAAGGGAUUUACUCGAAAUCCAGUUAGCACUCAACAACAAGGACGAGUGUUUGCUAUCACUAUUGACAAUGUUGUGCAAUCGAACACCCUCAUUCAAGAAGUUAUUCGAGGAUUAGAUUUGUUGUCCAAGUAUCAUGUUUUCCUUGAUUUCCUUGAAAGAACAGUUGUUAUUCCGUCUGAUAGUUUAGAUAUUAAACCAUUUCUGUCUCAUACUUUAUAUCUGAAUUCCGUAAGAGUUACCUUAGGCGGGAGUGAUUGUGAGGGGUACGUUCUGUUAGCGGCUAGCUCGAAUGAUAGUGAAUUAAGCUUGGAACGAAUCCGAGUGGCGAAGGAAUUUCCUGAUGUUUUCCCAGACGACAUACCUGAAUUUCCUCCUCAGACAGUACUGAACUAG